AGCCCAUCCAAGCACAGACCUGUUAGAAGAGUGCCAAAAGCUCCUGGACAUGUUCCAGUACCCUUGGGAGAUGAUGCCUUUAUUGUACGCCAUCCUUAAGGACGCUCGAUCAGACUUAGAAGAGGCUUCUAGGAGGAUUGAUGAAGGAAAGCGUGUGGUCAACGAGUACAGUCGGAUGCACAAUCUAAACAUAUACGAUGGAGUAGAGCUUCGAAAUUCUAACCAUAAGAAUCCACAGGACAGAAGGGCAUACAACAACUCGGCGUUCAAAUCCGUCAAUCUUCAGUUCAAAUGUAACGUCCUUAUUUAAGUGUCAUAUUAGUACCUUUAGUACCAAGCAUAGUUCUAAGUGUAUAGUCAUUACCAAAUAUUUAUUUUUCUUGCAUUUUUACGAGUAUAAAGUAACAGGUACAAAAUGAAGAUUCAAGAAAUGAUAUCGAAGAAAGAAGAUAGAAGACCGUCUCACCAUUGAAGAAGGAAGAUUAUCACGGCUUAUAACGAAAUUCUUCCUGAUAAUAACAAGUUCCUUUUAAUUUAGAUGUUAAGCACUUUCUCGAAUUUAGCGGUGGAUUUCAUAUCUAUUUCAGAAUUGACGUGUACUGUGUACAUAUUUUGAAUUUAUACAUAGAUAUUCUCUAUUUGUCAAGUACUUUGUUUGCUACUUAGAGUUAUAUUUCUAUAUAAAAUUGUCAUAAAUCGAAGAAG